AUGUUUCGCACAGCACAUGGGUACACCACUGGCGAACAUGACUUCAAUCCAAACUCCUCAACCCUAGCAAACCGACGACCACAGCUGGUUGGCUACAUAGGCAGCGAUGGCACACAACCUUGGCCAUCCGAAGAUCUAAAUCUCAAGAAGCACAGGAAAGAAUGGUAUUCUGAAGCAGAACUGCACAGGCUAGUCAGAGAUGGCCAAGAGAAGUUUCAACCGACGCCAAUAUCUUCAGAUCGCUUUGCUGAAAUUCUGAGAGCAGUCGCGGUCUAG